GGGUCCGGCCCGGCCCUCAGCGGCGGCGGCGCCCGGCUGGCGGGGGAGGGAGAACCACGUUGCACCGCCGCGCCCUCCCCUUCCCGGCGGACGGCAGCGCCACGUCUCGGGCAGGAGCCGGGCGCCAGGCGGGCGGCCCCAGAGGAUGCAGCUCCUUGGUGAUUACAACUUUGGCUGUGAGCUGUUUCCAUGAUCUCCUGGAAUUAUCGGCUGCCUGCUGCACACCAACAGCUGUAAAGCUCAGAACUGUGCUCCUGCGUAACAUCUUGAUGCUGUUGUUGCUGAUGGAGAGGAACAGGACUUGGUAGUUCACUUGGUGGCAAAUUGUUUGGAGGAAACACUUUCCCAGGAUCUGGAUCAUUUUUACCAUGGACUCCUCGUCGGUCCAGCAGGACGUUCACUUGGAGAACAGAAGCAAUAAUGGGGGCCGUAACAGCUCUGAAGAACUUUUGGAUUGUAAAGCCAAGUCAGAUUUGCCAGUUACAACAGAUGAAAUUAACACUACCAGUAUUAACAUCAACGAAGUGCCAAAUGAAGAGGGAAGUCUGGAGAUAAACAGCAAAGUGGACACCUGCCAGAAUGGGCCAGAGUCGCUCUUCCCUGACUCUCCUGUGUCUUUUGACCCCACCAGCAGUGUGCAGGGUCAAGAGUCGUCCCCAGGUGUGACUGGUUUCCAUGACAGCCUAAGGAAGUCUCAGGGAACUAGAGCUGAGGGCAUAGUUCUUAGAAAAGAAGCUUUGCAGUCUCUCAAACUAAGUCUUCCCAUGCAAGAAACUGAAUUGUGCUCAGUAGAGUCUUCACUCCCAUUGGAGAAAGAAGAACAAAUAAGACUUCAAGCAAGAAGGCGCCUAGAAGAACAGCUCAAACAAUACAGAGUGAAGAGACAUCAAGAAAGAUCGAAUCAGUCUACAUCCAAAAACCGGCCCUCCAGCACCCUAGAUCCUGAGCUGAUGUUAAAUCCAGAAAUCUUGCCAAGAGCUAGCACUGUAGCAAUGACAAAAGAAUACUCCUUUUUGCGGACCAGUGUGCCCAGGGGGCCAAAACUGGGUAGCUUGGGACUUCCAGCAUCCUCAAAAGAGAGAAGAAGUUCAAAAUCUAAGCCCAGUAAGAUCCGGUCCUUGGCUGACUACAGAACUGAAGACUCAGGCUCUGGAAACACUACUGGGAAUUUUGUGGCUACUGAUUUAUCUGGUGGGACUCUGAAGCAAAGCAGAAGUGGUCCAACAUCAGUUGUCUCUGAGAUAAGUCUACCCUCUGACAUGGAUGAUCGAAUAGAGAAUUCCUCCUUGGCAGGUGAUAGUGUUUCAGAGAUUGAUGGGAGUGAAGUGGGAAUGAGGCUGGAUGGAAACGAGAGUGACAGCUCUACCUACAGCAGUGCGUCAGGAAAAGGACUGUAUAACAGUUUACAGAAUGCAGAAGGCAAACAGGGUAUUCCAUAUACAAUAAAUGGUCAGAAGAUACAUCCUGAUGCAAUGGGGCAAUUUCCUUCCAUCAGUGAGGUGCUACAGGCUGCGGCAGUGGAGCAUCAAGCCCAAGAGCAAGAAGUUAAUGGCGAAGUACGGAGUAGGAGAGACAGUAUUUCUAGCAGUGUUUCUAUGGAAAGCUCUAUCGCAGGAACUCAUGACGAAAUGUUGCAGGUUCUGAAGGAGAAGAUGAGACUUGAAGGGCAACUAGAAGCACUCUCACUAGAAGCUAAUCAGGCUCUCAAAGAGAAGACGGAGCUACAAGCCCAACUUGCAGCUUUGAACAUGACACUUCAGGCGCAGAUGGAGCACAGCCAAAACAGCCAGCAGAAGCAGGAAUCUCUGAGCUCAGAAGUGGCCACAUUAAAGCAGUCUUGCUGGGACCUGGAACGAGCAAUGGCUGACCUGCAAAAUACCUUGGAAGCAAAGAAUGCUAGUUUGGCUUCUUCAAAUAAUGAUUUGCAGUUAGCAGAGGAGCAGUACCAAAGACUCCUGCUGAAGGUUGAAGAUAUGCAAAAAAAUGUUCUCACCAGAGACAGCACAGUUCAUGAUCUGCGACAGCAGUUGGCUUCCUUACAGAACCAGCUUCAGAAGGUGCAGUUGGAACGGACCACACUGACCAAUAAGCUAAAGGCGUCCGAAACAGAAAUCUCAUCGCUCCAAAAUGUGCGGCAGUGGUACCAGCAGCAGCUUGUCCUAGCACAGGAGGCCCGUGUCAGGCUGCAGAGUGAGAUGGCCAAUAUACAGGCUGGGCAAAUGACUCAAGCAGGUAUGUUGGAACAUCUCAAACUAGAGAACGUGGCACUGUCUCAGCAGCUGACGGAAACCCAGCACAGAUCCAUUAAAGAAAAGGAGCGUAUUGCAGCACAGCUGCAAAAUAUUGAGGCUGACAUGUUAGAUCAAGAAGCUGCCUUCAUGCAGAUCCAGGAGGCUAAAACCAUGGUGGAAGAAGACUUGCAGAGAAAACUAGAGGAGUUUGAGGAUGAGAAAGAACAGCUUCAGAAAAUGGCUGAUUCUGCAGCAACAUUGGAGCAAGAAUUGGAACAGGUCAAGUUGACUUUGCAUCAGCGAGAUCUGCAGCUUGAAUCUUUACAGCAAGAACACCUAGACAUAAUGAAGCAAUUCACUUUGACCCAAGAGACAUUGCACACCAAAGAGCAGUGCCUGGAUGACCUGCAAACACAGUAUGAUGAACUGAAGGCCAGAUUAGAAGAGUUCCAAAGUGACACUACUUCUAAAGAUGACAUGAUCCAGUAUUUGCAGAAUGAGAAGAUUGUCUUGGAAGUAGCUCUGCAGGCAGCAAAAGCAAGCAAAGAGCAACUUGACGAAGGAGCAGUGCGCCUUGGAGAAGAUACAGAAGUAGCAUCAGAAAUCUUGGAACAACUGAGGCAAGAAAUGGCAAUCAAGUCAAGCCAGGUAGAAAAUCUGCAACAAGAAAAUGCCAGCUUUAAAAAACAGGUUCAAAAAGUGAAGGAACAGUUCCUGCAGCAGAAGGUAAUGGUGGAAGCUUAUCGAAGAGAUGCAAGUUCUAAGGACCAGCUGAUUAGCGAACUGAAAGCUACAAAGAAGCGGCUGGACUCAGAAUUGAAAGAGUUAAAACGAGAGCUACUGAAAAUUCAAGUUGAAAAACAGGCGCUGGAAUCUGAACAUUCAAAACUACAGAAGGAAGUAUCUCAGGUUCACCAGCAGAUGGUGGAAAUAGAAAAUCAUCUUCAGUCAGUGCAGAAAGAACGAGAUGAUAUGGAAGCACGCCUACAGUCUUUGCAGUUCGAUAAGGAACAAAUGGCAUCUCUCGCUGAGGCAAAUCAGGCAUUAAAACAACAAGUAGAACAAAUGCAAGAAGAAGCAAAAAAUGCCAUUACUGAGCAGAAACAGAAAAUGAAGCGUCUAGGGUCAGAUCUGACGAGUGCGCAGAAAGAGAUGAAAGCUAAACAUAAAGCCUAUGAGAAUGCAGUCAGCAUUCUUAGUCGUCGGCUACAGGAAUCUCUUGCUGCAAAGGAAUCUGCUGAAGCAGAGUUGAGCAAACUGAAAGCACAAAUCACUGAUGGUGGAAACAACCAGAUUGCUCAAGAAAGGAUUCAAGCUCUGGAGACAGAAUUGCAAGCUGUUAGCAGCAGUAAGUUGAUGCUGGAAAAAGAGUUGCAAGAAGUGAUUUCACUUACCAGCCAGGAGCUUGAAGAAUACAGAGAGAAAGUGCUGGAACUUGAGGAUGAGCUUCAGGAGUCUAGAGGCUUCAGGAGGAAGAUAAAACGUUUAGAAGAAAUUAAUAAGAAGUUGGCCCUUGAACUGGAGCAUGAACGUGGAAAACUUACAGGUCUUAGUCAGUCCAAUGCUGCUUUGCGGGAGCACAACAAUAUCCUUGAAACAGCAUUAGCAAAAAGAGAGGCAGACUUGGUACAGCUGAAUCUACAGGUUCAGGCAGUCCUAAAGCGGAAAGAGGAAGAGGAUCAGCAAAUGCAACAACUUAUUCAAGCUUUACAGGCUUCCUUAGAGAAAGAAAAGUCAAAAGUUAAAGACCUUAAGAAGCAGGAAGCAGCAGCCAAAGCGGAUGCAGCACAUAACCGCCGUCACUACAGAGCUGCUGUGCUCGAGCUCAGUGAAAUCAAGAAAGAGCUACACGCCAAAGAACUGCUUGUCCAAGCCCUUCAGGUUGAAGUGGACAAACUGCAGGUAGAGGAUGAAAAACAUUCCCAGGAGGUAUCGCAGUUUCAGCAAGAGCUGGCAGAAGCCAGGUCUCAGCUCCAACUUCUGCAGAAAAAGCUGGAUGACAAGCUUAGUGAACAGCCUGUAGUAAGCCAAGAGGUGGAAGACCUCAAGUGGGAAGUGGAACGAAAAGAAAGAGAAAUUGAAACACUUAAGCAGCAGUUGGAUAUGAGUGAACAGCGCAGCCACAAGGAGUUAGAAGGGAUGCAAAUUGUCCUGCAGAAUAUCAAGACUGAGUUGGAAAUUGUGAGGGAAGACCUGUCAGUGACUCAGAAGGACAAGUUCAUGCUACAGGCUAAAGUGACUGAACUGAAGAACAGCAUGAAGUCGCUGCUGCAGCAGAACCAGCAACUGAAGUUGGACCUGAAGCACGGCAAGAUGAAGAAGAGGAAGGAACUGAAAGGAGAGAAUAACUCUUCAAAUCCUGUGACUCCAGUCAAGAUUCCUGAUUGUCCAGUGCCUGCUGCCUUGCUGGAAGAACUGCUGAAACCAUCGACAGCUGUGAGCAAGGAGCCUUUAAAAAAUCUGAACAGUUGUCUCCGGCAAUUAAAGCAAGAAAUGGACAGCCUUCAGCGUCAGAUGGAGGAACACACCAUUACAGUACAUGAAUCAAUGUCUUCGUGGACUCAGAUUGAGGGGCAGCUAAUGGACCUUACCGCUACCAGUCCUGCAACUGCAUCAGACCAGCAGGAGAUUCCUACUACAGAGGAAAAGAAACAGAAUUGUAGUGUUAGGGACAAGGAAGCUUUGACACUAUAACCUCCUUAUCAGUUGUCUUUCUUCUAUUGCUUCAAGUAUGUAAAGAAAUCUUUAUCAAAAUUAUUUAUUUAUUUCAUUUUUAAAAAUGGUGUUCAGAGUUGUGCUUUUGCCUGUAGAAGCAAAGGGCGUGGCUUUGAGAAACUGGCAUAAUAUUAAAUGCAGAACAUGCUAUUCCAAGGGUUUGUUUGAAACCUUACUGUAAUAAUUCUGUCAUGUAGGGGACUGCCAAGUGGUAAAUCUAGCUCAUUUGGGGGUUUAGUAAGAGAUUCAGAUGAAGAUUUAAAAUGAGGUCAAGAGGAGCAUCUGGUUCCAGGUCUGUAUUUGUUCAAUCUGGGUGAAUUUGGUAAGGAAUGACUGUUAAUUUUGUAACACCUGGAGUUUGAUUUUUGUUUUUUAUUUAUUUAUUUUUAAAUUGAGGGAGGGGGUGGGGGGUGGGGGGAGGGUGUUGUCUUCCCCCAUCUUGGGUUGUAUCCAAAUCACAGGGAAAAAUAAGUUCUGCUCAUGUUCAGCUGUUAGCAGUGGUUGAGGACUGGAUAUUCCAUGCAUUCUUUCUCCUCCCUCCUAUAAUCUCUUAUUCUUGAAAUUCAGAUUACAGAUAUCUGUAUUUAAAGAAAAAAAUUCAUUUGAAGCCAUUUCUAGUUACGAAGAUGACCUCUGACCUAUAGCAAAAGAAACAAGACUGUAAAGACAAGCAAUGCAGACCAAUAUGUAUCUUUGGCAGAUUUGCCUGGGAUGUUUUCUGAAGUGUCAGUUUUUCACUUACAGUCACAGGCCAGUAGGGAGCUUUGCUUCACUGCACAAACACUUCUUGCACCUUUUUAGUUCAACUUUUGAAGUAGACACCCUUGAAAAAGGUAUGUGUGUAAUAUAUAUAUAUAAAAAAGAAAAAAAUCAUAAUUUCCUGACUUUGAAUAUCUGUUUUAAUAUGCUUAUAUACUAUAAGUUAAGGCUGACAUGAGGGUUUUUUGUUACUGUCAUUGUUCUAAUGUUACAUUUAAGUUCCCUAGUUUUUGCCAUACUGUAAAAAUGGCUUAGGGGAAAUUAGCCCCUAAAGCCAGAGCAUUUAGAAAUGUAAUUACUUUUACUUUGAAAGACAAAAUUAUAAUGCCUAUAAAAUUAUUAUUUUUAUUAGCUUUAUCUUCUCCCACACACUUCCCCUACUUUUUGGACCCUCUAUUACAAGAUGUCCACCGUGAAUGGAAACAUUGGUACUGUGGCAGCCCCUCUGCAGAGCACCUUGACUAGAUUAUUAUUAAAGCAGUCCACUUUAGAUUCCUUCACCUUUGGUCCCGUUGCUCCCAUGUGGCUCAUACUGCAGUGAUAAGCCUCCUCUCUCCUCAUUAAAAAAUUCAUUGUGGAGGUACUGCUUUGCCUAAUGUGCUAAGUGCUGAAACAAAUCAAAAUAUACAUGACAGAUUAUUUGGAAGAUUUAGUGGCAACUCAUGUACUAGCACAUUUUUGUCUUUAAAACAUAAAGAAAACAGGUCAAUUAUAUCCACUAUAGUUUGACAUUUAAAAAAAAAAAAUCUAGUAAGUACAAGUAGAUUAAGCGGCUGGGGAAAUAAACCAAAAUUCUAGUUCAUCUAUUAUUUCCAAAGAGACUGUUGUUGCUUUUGGAUGGGUUUGGUUGGGUGGUGGGGGGAAAUGAUUGCAGUUUGCUUAGCAGUAAGGCAAAAAAUAAGCAAACAAAAAACCCAAACCCACCCAUAUUUAUCCAAACUCUGAUUUUCUCAAAAUUACCAAUUCAAGCUCUAGUCCAGUUGAACACUUUGCACCUAAAGUGUCUAUACUGACUGGUUUCAUGCCUCUCAGCUACUGGAUUUUAAGUUAAAUUUUAUUGGUAUCAAAGUCAAGUGAUGCUAAAAGUCAAGGUUUUGAAAUUGGUGAAGGAAGAAAUGCAUUAGCGUGGCAUUAGGUGCCCAUCAUACAGAAUUACCAAACAAUUCAAAGAAAAGUCAAAAGCUUUACAGACUAGCUUAGACAUGUUAAUGUCUACAUACUGCUGCAGUCUCCUUUGCAGAGUAAAUGGUCCUGACUAUCUCGCUGCUGUCAUGUUCUUGAAGUUGCCUGUAUAUUAAGCUCAAAGAAGAAAAAAAAUACACAGUAUUGUUAAAGAACAAAAUUAAAACUACGUAAUGAAUAAUAUAUUCAGUACAAAAAAGUUAUCAAAUGUUCAAGAUUUUAAAUAACACUUAUGCAGCGUUAAUGUUGCUGUUCAUUUUAGUAAAUAUGUUGCCUACGGUUAAGAAUCCCUUAUGUUUUAAUCUCUUAAAUUUGGCAACAGUUGUAUGGAUAAAGGUUCUAUCUGGUAUCAAAGAAGCCAGAAUUGUUAGAAACCUUCAUAGUUCUUCAGAAUGUCUGCUCUUCUCUUCUUUUUGUACCCAUAAUCGUACUGCACUCUGUUUUCAGUGCAGCGCUGCAUUUUCUCACUAGCUCCUUAGAAAGACAUCUGAGCCUAUACCAUCAAGUAGUCUUAGAUGCAUGUUUUUCCUUUUAAAGAUGAGGGAGCUGUUGUGAAGUGCUCAGAUUAGAUUUCUGCAUUGACCCACCUGUCUCUCUUUGAAAGUACCUGGACACUAGGUAUUUUCAUUUUAUAUUCACUAUGUGUUUUUUCUAUAAACAGAAGCACCGUGCCACUUAAUUAAGUGAAGGACAGGCAGUGAGACUUGGGGGUCUAAAUCUGGUGAGGUGCUAAGUCCAUUAAGUUACGGAAGUCACUGGGAAGCCCUCUAGAAGGAGCACGCAGCAUGUGAUAAAAGCAAGGCCUUUCUCUGAAGCUCAUCAGCUAUGUUUCUUGAUUAUCCAGAGAAAUAGUUGCUGUUUUAUUAAAAAGCUUCACCCUGAGGCUGAGCAUGCUCGCUCUACAAAGCCUCAGGUCUCUGCUGUCUAGGCAAUAAAACAAACUAGUUCUAGGAAUACCUCCCCUCUGCCUGUCACAGCUCUGCCAAAUACAUCAGAGGAAAGUCUGAAGAAUAAUCUCUUAAAGAUUUUUUUUUUUCCUUUUCCUUUUUCAACCACUGCAAUAGAAUGUAUUUUCUGUGUCUGCUUCUUCAGUGGUUGCUACCUACUAAACCAAGUCUUGUUGAUGAAGAAGAAAUGUCACUGUAACGUGAGAAUGUUUCUCAAGUGAUUAAAGUUAGUGAAUGCUGCAGCAUUACUUCUUCAGAUGCUGUUGGGCUUCUGAGGACUUUUGAAUAAUUGUGCAUUUAAAAAAACCAAACAAAAAACAUAACAAAAAACCAGCAAACCAUACAAUGGAAAAAAAACAGUUACUGCGUCUCUGGUGUUGCUGAACAUCGCAUAAUGCUCCAUUCUAUUGUCUUCCAGAUUUCUUGGAAAUAUUUGUGCACUGUAUUGGGAUCAGCUGAACCCCUUAUCCACUCAUGCAAUGGGAGGAUCUGAUCCCAUACUUUUAUUCAGGCAAUAUCCUAGCUCAAAUCUAUGAGAAUUUCACAUAUGUGAAGAGUAGAGUAAUACCCAGAAUGAAAGUUCCAGUGCUCAUGUUUUCAUGGAUUACUUACGCCUCCUUAGGGGGGAGUGAACUGCAGUGGCAUGGGUGUUUUAAUCUUAGCUAUGACAACAUUCAAGGUGCACUGGGGACAGAUAGUGUUAUCAAUAUAAAUUAUAACUUAAAGAUGACAUUCACUACUGGUGAUGCAAAAGCUUGUGAUGUAUGUUUUAUUAACUUUGCUGGGGAAGCGUGAAUAGUUGCAUGUAACUUGCUGUGACCACAGACUUUAAAUAUUUUCAUGUGAAAGCAAUUACAGUCCAAAGUAAUUACUAAUGCUCAUCAGCUGUCAUCUGAUUGAUCUUGUCUCCUACUAAUGUGUAACACUUCAGUCUUGGGCAGUAGGGCAGCCUAAUUUCCAAUACAGAUGCACAGAUUUCUAGGGGAGGGAAAGAUGUUCUGGAUAUUGUAAAUGAGAUACUGUUAUGUUUUAUACGUGACAUUCAGUAAUGUCUGCUUAAGCUGUAUUUGUAAAGAUAGAAGUUAAUAAUUUCAUGUUCUUCAGUGGAUAACCCAGGGGCUGGAGGAGUUACACUAUGUACAAUUAAUGUUUAUGAUCAUACAAAGCAUGUUGAUUAUAAAAAUAAUGUGCAUAGGAAUUCCUUUAAAAGUUUUGUGCAAUAAACUAUUUUUGGUAAAAGGC